UAUGCUAUAUACUUUUCAUUGCAUAAUUAUUAAUAAAAGAGACUAUUUUCAAACAUUUUAUAGCAAAAGUGUAAUUAAUUUUAGUCCACUAGCCGGUGCCCCCUGGCACAGAUUUUUAUGCUUGCUUUGAAAUUAUGGAAAGAUUGGUUCGAAUUGGUUUAUCAAAGCGAGUUCUGAUUGUGAGUAAAAACAUAUUGCAGAGAAAAUUCAAUCAGCCAUUGACAUCCACUUCAGUAGGAUUUGUCAAACGCUCUUUACACAUUUCAUCCAGAAGUCUUACGACAUAUUUCACCAAAGAACAUGAAUGGAUAGAUGUGAAAGAUGGUAUAGGAACCAUUGGUAUCACAGAACAUGCUCAAGAUCAACUUGGUGAUCUUGUUUAUUGUGAGCUUCCUGCUAUCGAAACUGAAUUUUCUAAAGGCGAUGAGAUGGCUGUAAUUGAGAGCGUCAAGGCGGCUAGUGAUCUAUAUUCUCCGGUAUCCGGCAAAGUUGUUGAAGUAAAUAAGAAGCUGGAGGAUGAACCACAAUUGAUUAACGAAUCUGCAAGGGGAGAAGGGUGGAUUUUGAAAAUGGAGGUCUUGGAUAAUGAUGAAUUGAAGGAUCUGUUGAAUGAAGAUGAAUAUAAACGUUUUCUAACUGAAUAACAAAUAUAUAAAUUGUUUGUACAUGUCUAUGGCGUUCUUGACCUUAGACCUUGCUGGACUAACAAGUGGGCUUUUUUGAUUUCGUCCGACAUAUUAAUUAUUAAAGAUCAAUGAAUUAAUAAAGUAGAUCAUCACAUACAUGUUUGUUGUUCCAAAUAUUGAGACUUUUAUUGCAUUUUACAUUUCUUGCUUUAGA